AUGUCAAAACCAGCAUCAGAAGCAUUAGCUAAAGUAUUCUCUUCGAUCAACAAACAAACAAAGAAAGGUGAAAACUUUUUGGAUGUCUGUUUCGGUUUACCAGAGAGAGGUGUUGGACAUCGUUUGACAAAGAAAGUUUGGCCAUCUAGAAGCAGCUAUUGGACUGUUACAAAAGUUAAAUUCUCAGAGAACUCUGGAGGUAGAACAACAUCACUUAGAGGUAAUGCCUAUGGUGUUUUAACAUGGAACGGUGUAACUGAAAUGAAAGAACGUCGUGUCAUCGAUUUGUUGGAAAAGAAUUGGACUACAUUCCCAUAUACCAUCCCAAAAAAAACUGAAAAACCAAUUAACAACGAAGAAGAAUCAACAGAAACAACUGAACAAUCAUCUGAACAACAACAAUAA